AGCAAAUGAUAAGCAAAAUGGCGCCUACUAACAAGAAUCUUAAAUGUGGUGCUUGUCCUAAAAGAGUCACUAAUGGAUCUGGUGGCAUUAUGUGUGAAGGAAACUGCAAGAAAUGGUUUCACUUUAAUUGUGCAGGAAAAUCUAAAAGUGAAUAUGCAUUUUCUAAAGGUGAAAAAUCUAAUUUUAAGUGCGAUAGCUGUAUGGAGCAAACUGGUCUGCUUGAACAUGACGUGAGUACAUCACCUGCAGUUGUUAUUGCUGUUGAAAGUGAGGGAAUUGAGGACAAUACAUGUAAAUGUUUUGAUUUUAUUAAAAUAUUGACUGAUCAAAUUUCUGAUCUAACAAAUAAUCAGCUUGAACUUAGAAAACAAUUAAAUAUUCUGCAAAAUGAAAACGCUAAACUAACUUCAAUGGUGAAUAAUCACUCAGAUGCUAUUGGUGACAUUUUCACUGGUACCAGCAGUAUUUCUUAUGCUAGUGUAUUAAAAUCCGCUAUGACGAAAAUUGACUCUUCUUUAGUUACAAAAGAUUUGAAUAAUAAAAAUAAUAAUAUCUUUGAUGCAGUUAGAAAUGUCAAUGACAAACAUAUUUUGACUCCAGCGGUCGAAACUUCUCUUUUUUCUCAAUCUCAAAGCCAAAGCAAAGAAAUUUCAGUGCUGCCAACCAAAACUUUGGCAGACAUGAAAGGAAACCUGUCUGAAACGAAAAAAAUCGAGAAAGCAAAGGCGUCUGACAAGGAGAAGACAGCUAGGCUUCAUGAAAACAAAGCUAUACCAUCCACAUUGCGUACCAAGUCUACAACAGAUGUUCCUUCUGUUGUUGCGUCGUUGAAUAGGGAACAGGUGGUUUUGGAAUUGGAAGAGGAACCUGAGGACUCCAAUAGUGGAUUUAUUGAAGUGAGAAAACGUAACAGCAAUCAAACUAGGAAGGUUAUGAAUAACUACAAAAGGUCUAAGUUCUUAACGGGCCGUGCUCCUGUUAAUGAUGAUAACCUGAAAAUUGUAGAAAAACAUAAGCAUAUCUUUGUUUCGAGAUUUGCUGAAGGUGUAGAAAGUGAGAACAUUAAGCAAUAUGUAAUUGCUCGUGUGAAAGGUAAUAAUAACUGUGAGGUGACGAAAUUAAAAAGUAGGUAUCCAGGAUACAGUUCAUUUAAAGUGGGUGUCCCAUUGUCCCAGUGGAAUACUGUGUAUGAUGAAGGUGUAGAAAGUGAGAACAUUAAGCAAUAUGUAAUUGCUCGUGUGAAAGGUAAUAAUAACUGUGAGGUGACGAAAUUAAAAAGUAGGUAUCCAGGAUACAGUUCAUUUAAAGUGGGUGUCCCAUUGUCCCAGUGGAAUACUGUGUAUGAUGAAGGUGUAGAAAGUGAGAACAUUAAGCAAUAUGUAAUUGCUCGUGUGAAAGGUAAUAAUAACUGUGAGGUGACGAAAUUAAAAAGUAGGUAUCCAGGAUACAGUUCAUUUAAAGUGGGUGUCCCAUUGUCCCAGUGGAAUACUGUGUAUGAUGAAGGUGUAGAAAGUGAGAACAUUAAGCAAUAUGUAAUUGCUCGUGUGAAAGGUAAUAAUAACUGUGAGGUGACGAAAUUAAAAAGUAGGUAUCCAGGAUACAGUUCAUUUAAAGUGGGUGUCCCAUUGUCCCAGUGGAAUACUGUGUAUGAUGAAGACUUCUGGCCUGAAGGAACUUAUGUACGUCGGUUUGUAUAUAAACGCAAAAGUUCUGGGGAGAAAGGAACCCAUGAAGCUUCUUUUUUGGAAAACAUUCAGGUGAAUUCACAAGUCACAUAGUUUAUGGUUCUACACACUCCACUAAGGAUGAGUCUCAAGUCGAGGUUAGUGGCAAUGUAUCUUUUGAAGUCAAACUUGUACUUAUUAAUCUUCAAUCAAUAAAAAACAAAUUAAACCUAUUGGACAUUUUCAAUCGUACUAUUUUAUGUGAUAUACUGUGUGUCAAUGAACAUUGGUGUACCCAGGGUGAAAUAGGAUUAUAUGUACCUGAUGGAUAUUUUCUAGCUGCUACCUAUUGUAGACCUUCUCCCUACGGGGGAUCUGCAAUUUUUGUAAGAUACUCUUUUCAAUAUCCAUUUGAGGUGGUAAAUAUUGACAUUUACUGUGAGUGCAAAAUAUUUGAAGCAGCCAUGAUUGUAUCCAAUGCUGUCGGUCUGAUCAUUUUAACUGUAUAUCGUACCCCAGAUUCCGCAAUUGAAAUUUUUAAUAAUAGAUUAUCUGAACUUUUGGACUUUAUAACUAGUAACCCUAAAUUCUGUAAGUUGAAGAUCGUUAUCGCAGGUGACAUAAACAUUGAUCCUAGAGUAAAUAGUUCACAAACUAUAAAGUUCAUCAAUAUGCUUAAGUCUUAUGAUUGCUUUUGUUUGAAUUUUCAACCCACUCGUGCGGAAGCGUGCUUGGAUAAUUUCAUCUCCAAUCUCCAUCCAGCUACUUAUACUUGUAAAACUGUCCAACCUCACCUCUCCGAUCACCUUGGCCUGCUGUUGAAUUUCGAACUUCCAGUUACAAGCUCACAACCCCGUAAUGCGGGUGAAAAAAUAACCUACAACUAUAGACUUUUAAAUGAUGUAAAUAUUAAUAGAUUGAAGUAUAGGUUAAGUAAUAUUAACUGGCCAUAUAUUUUCUCAGUAGCUAAUGAUCUUGAAAGUGCCUGUUAUUCUUUUCUACAGUCUCUGUCAUUGAGCCUUGAUGAAUGUUGCCCUCUAGUUACUAAAACUAUUUCUAGGCCUAAGCGUGCCAAAAACUGGUAUACCCCUUUCUUAGGAAAACUUAGGCUAUUGCUAGAUUUAAGCCAUCAAAAAAGCAAAAAUGAUCCUAGCCUGUUACAAAAUCAUAGGAGAAUCAAGAAGUUUUAUAAAGAACAGAUUGAUAUUGCAAAAAGGAAUGCCAAUGAUAAAUACAUACUAGAAUCUCGUAACCCUUGCAAAGCGGCUUGGAAUGUCAUCAAUGCUGAAACUGGGCGUAGUUUAAAAAACAAUUGUCAGUCUAAACUUCCCUUUUCUGCCGAUGACUUCAAUAACCAUUUUGUCAAUAUAUGUAAUAAUGUAAAUAGUAGUAAUGAUAAUGUAAAUACAGCUAGUGCCAUAGAGAUAUUAAAAUCAACCAUCAAGAGUCCUCAGGUAUUGCCUUUUAAGUGGAGUUAUGUUAACCCUGUUGAUAUUCAUAACACUGUAUGUAGGCUAAGUAACUCUAAGUCUGAAGAUGUCUUUGGAUUAUCCAAUUUUGUUUUAAAGAAAGUUACAAAGGAAAUUUUGUAUCCCUUGACAAUUCUUAUUAAUUGGAUGCUCAGUGUUGGUGUUUAUCCUAGAUGUUUAAAAACGACUGUAACUGUGCCGAUAUACAAAAAAGGCGAUAAAUUAAAUGUUAAUAACUACCGACCAAUUGCUUUGGUGCCUGUUGUGUCCAAGAUAAUCGAAAGCAUUGUUAAAUUCCAGGUUGAACAUUAUUUUGAGCAGAAUUGCUUACUCUCAUCGGAGCAAUUUGGUUUUAGACAAAACCUCUCCACUGUUAAGGCUGU